AUGGGGGAUAUUACCCUAUUGAUAAUGGUCGGUAUGGUUCUCACGUGGGAUCGAACUAACUGUAACCUCAAGCCCAGUCGAAGUCAAACCAGCUAUACGGCUGUGACAACCAAUCACGAUUUGCUUUUCUCAGUGGUCGUUGAUAAUUACGCACGAAUUCGUGGCGAACAAAUGGAGGAGCCGGCUGGAGCGAUCAAAUUUGAUUUCGAUAUGAUCAACCUGAUCAUCCAUCCUCAAACCGAUGAGGUUUCCGCUCUAAAUCAUGCUGCAUCUACUCGAUCCGAUACAUAA